CACCACCACCCGUUCGUGGUGAAUUUAAUUGUUUCCGUUCCCGUUGAUAUACAUACAUUUGGAUUUCACGCACCUGGCACACGAUAAUACUUUCUAAGCAACGCAACGCAACAUAACGCAACAACUACGAGAAUAGAGGAUAACUUCAUGACGCUGGGACGGGUGUGAAUUGUCGCUGUUGUUGACUUCUGGUUGGGUUUUGAGAAAGGGAGGAGAGAGAGGAUAGGAUUUGUGGAGGGAAGAGAAGAGAAGAGAUACGAGGGCGCUGAGGACGGAAGGGACGGGAUACGGCAACAACGACGGACGCAAGAAAGACAGCAGCAGUCAUGGCAGAACAGUUUGUGGGCCUGACGAUGCUGGUGACGCUCAGUUCACCGCUGGAUGCGCAGUUGAGGGGGAGGGUGUCGAGUGUUGUCGCGGGACAAUCUUUGACGUUGUCAGAUGUUUACUGCCCGAGCAAUGGGAAGUAUAUCACGGAAAUCACGAUUCAAGCUAGUCAUAUCAAAGACCUCGCCGAAGCAGGAAACGAGAAUACCGCACCCAACCCAUCCCUCCAAGCAGCCUCAGCCGCGCACCCACGAGCACAGUCAAUCUCCAGACCCAAACAACCCACCAGCUUCGAAGACCCCGCAAUCGUCAGCGUCGGCCGACCAUCCCUCCCACGCCCCCAAGUAAUAACAACACCCACCCCCACCCCUCCGCAACUGUACACCCCCGAACUCGACUCUAACAAACCCACCCCCUCAACCAGCACCGGCAUCCCUCCUUACCCCGCUCAACCGGCGGUGGUGCAUAUGUCGCGCAACUCCUCGGCGGCGAUCAAGGUCGCACAAGAGCAGCAGCGCUCGGUUACACCCGCUGCGAUCUUGGUGGAUCCGAUGGGGAACCUGGGGUUGGGGGGGGGGAAUGAGGAUGGUGAUGGUGGUGGGUUGGGGAAUGGGGACGCGGAGGUGGCGGCGAAGGAACGACAUAAUAAGCGACGUCGUGGACGGGGCGCGAAGGGGGCGCGGAGGGGGAAGGCGGCGGAGGGUACGGAUGGGGAUGACGGGUUCCCUAUCGUUAUCCCCGUUACCGAAACGAAUCGCUCAAAAGGCUGGAGACAAACGCCCUUACUCGAGCCGAACCCCUCAUUCCAGCCCUUCGCGACGCUGCGGAAGGGAGCGAGGAGGGGUGGUGGCGGGAAAGGUGGGGGAGGUUAUGAUAAUGGCUGGGCCACUGAGGACGCUACUGAUGUGCAGGAUAUGGGUGAUUUUGAUUUCGAAGCCAGCUUGUCGAAAUUCGACAAACGCACGGUGUUUGAGGGGAUCAGAGCGGAUGAUGUGACGGCGGAUGAGGAUCGGUUGGUUGGGCAUAAUAGGAUACCCAGGCCGGGGACGAUGGGGGGGAGGAAUCUGCAUCCGACGGAGAAUGUACUUGAUGGUAUUGGCCGCGCACAACAACCGCCGGCGUGGAAUAGCGAGGCGGGCGAUAGUGAGGACGCGGAGAAUAUGAUGGGCGUCAGCCAGCGCGGGUCAGGCAGUGGACGAACCUCCCGUCGCGCGGAGUCGCGCCUGCGCAUGCCGAUGUCCAAGAAGGAGACAUCAUCGCUACACUCACAGUCCCGGCAAUCCAUCUCCGUCCCCCGCGCGAAAUCCCGCGCCCCCCCUUCCUCUCCUCCACAACAGGCGUCUACAACGAAAUCCUCAUUCUACCUCGUCCCCGCGGAUCGGCCCGUCGAGGUCGCGUCGGCGCUGCAGAUGCUCAAUUUGGAGAAUAUCGCGAAUAGCGAGCUGGGACUGACGGAGGAUAUGAUGACUGAGAAUGCCGGGAGGGGGAUUGCGGAGGUGGCGCUUUCGACGCUGAAUCUGGGGGGGGCGAGGCAUAGGACGCUGAGGAAGGGGAAUACACUCCCUUAUGUUGUGAUUUAUGCGGGGAAUAGCAAGUCAGGCAUUCGCGCUAUUGCUGCGGGACGGCAUCUGCGGAAUCACGGCGCUACGGUGGCUAUUUGCGUUUUGGGGCUGGAGCGCGAACCCGAGCUCCUGGAGGGUGUGCGCAGACAACUUAAAGUCUUCCGCUCAUUUGGCGGGAAGGUGUUCACCAAGAUCGAACUCAUGGAGUAUCUCAAAUCCACCGCCGUCCCCGUAGAACUCAUCAUCGACGGCCUCCUCGGUCUAACCAUCAGUUUCGAAGAACUCCGCACCGGCGACCAAGCCACGGCAUUCGAGCUCAUUGAGUGGGCUAACCGCUCCUCCGCCGCGGUGUUGGCGCUGGACGUGCCGACGGGUCUUGACCCCGGGACGGGCGUGCCGAUGGUGCUUGAUGGGAGGGAAUUGUGGAUUCAGGCCACCCUGGUGGUUAGUCUCGGGGUGCCGAAGACGGGGUUGUUGGAGGCGAUGAGGGGGGGGUUGGGGACGGGAGAGGGGGCGUGGGGGUUGUGGGUGGUGGAUGUGGGGAUUGCGAAGAAUGUGUGGAAGAAGAGUGGGAUGAGGAUGAGGAGGGGGGUGGAGUUUGAGGGGACUUGGGUGGUGGGGAUGAGGUUUCAGAAGGGGAGUGAUUAGAUUGGUGGGAUGGUGGGUUUUAAGGGGUGCGAGGGUGUUGGUGUUAAGGGGAGGAGAGGAGGGUGACAUUGCAAGGCGUUUGGAAAGCGAAAAUGGCUAGCAUCAUAGCUCUGGUUGGGUGGGUUUAAGGAGUAUGGAUGGGAUCACGCGGCUGGAGAAGGUCGUAUUUGCAUUGGGCUUGGAGUUUUUUUUUAAUAGCUAGUUGGAUUUGCUCUGUUGAAAGAGGAGCUGGGACGUAGGUGCUAUGAAGCGGAUAUGCUGAAUGCAGUUGAGACUUUAUAUCUUG